CCCCCCCUCCUCCCCUUCAGUUUCUGCAAAAUUAAAAGCAUUGACCAAUCCUACCUUUGUUGCGCUCAUCACCGUCACAGCAGCGGGGAGGCGCGUCCGCGCAGGGCAGCUCUCAUCUUUCUCCUAAAAGCAACAGCUGACAAGAGGAUACAACUCGGCAGCUUACAGAGUUGACAAGAGCUUCUCCAGAACCAGAAUCUUAUGUUCUCCUGAUCCGCUGUUUCACAGUCUCGCCUCCAAUCACGCUCAACUCACCAUAGCUGGUGUGAGGGCAGAAACGGCAGGGAAGCUACACACAAAGGACAGGAAGUUUUUGUUUUAUUUCUGACUGAAGAAAUACUCUCAGGACAGUGGCGAAAUACUUGCACCCUUCUCAUUGUAGAAACAAGAUGGAAGGAUUCCUCGUAUUUCUGAUGAAGUAGAGCCCUCACAAGCACACUCCCACCCUCCAUUUCCUCUUCCUUCACUUUCAAAGGGUUGCAGAAUGGAUGAGCAAAGAUGCCCCCUCCCUCCCCCCCUUAAAACAGAAGAGGACUACAUCCCUUAUCCCAGCGUUCAUGAGGUUUUGGGUCGCAGCAGCCCUUUCCCGCUCAUCCUGCUGCCACAAUUUGGAGGCUACUGGAUCGAGGGGACCAAUCAUGAGCCUAAAGACACACCAGAAGCUGAUCAACCUCCCUGUCCAACCUCCCACAUCAAACUGGAGACAAACAGCACCGCCAAGAUCUACAGGAAGCAUUUCAUGGGCAAGGAACACUUUAAUUAUUACACCAUGGAUGCCGCCCUGGGCCACUUGGUCUUUUCCAUGAAGUAUGAUGUCAUUGGGGAUCAAGAGCAUCUACGCUUGAUGCUUCGCACAAAGCUGAAAACCUACCAUGAUGUGAUUCCCAUUUCCUGCCUUACCGAGUUCCCCAAUGUGGUUCAAAUGGCUAAGCUCGUUUUUGAAGAAGUAAAUGUGGAUAGGUUUUACCCUGUCCUCUACCCAAAGGCAUCAAGGCUCAUUGUCACCUUUGACGAGCAUGUGAUCAGCAACAACUUCAAGUUUGGAGUUAUUUAUCAAAAGUUUGGCCAGACAUCAGAGGAGGAGCUGUUUGGGAAUAUGGAAGAAAGUCCUGCCUUUGUUGAGUUCUUGGAGUUUCUGGGCCAGAAGAUUGAGCUUCAUGACUUCAAAGGGUUUCGGGGUGGGCUGGACGUCACUCAUGGGCAGACAGGCACAGAAUCAGUCUACACAAGUUUCCAUAAUAAGGAGAUUAUGUUCCACGUGUCCACCAAGCUGCCUUACACAGAGGGCGACUCACAGCAGCUGCAGAGGAAGAGGCACAUAGGCAACGACAUUGUAGCCAUCGUGUUCCAGGAGGAGAACACACCCUUUGUGCCAGACAUGAUCCAGUCCAACUUCCUGCAUGCAUAUGUGGUGGUGCAGGUGGAGAACGCAUGUACGGACAAUGUCACCUACAAGGUGUCUGUGACAGCAAGGGAUGAUGUACCUUUCUUUGGGCCUGCUCUGCCUGACCCUGCCAUCUUCAAAAAGGGCCCCGAGUUCCGAGAGUUCCUCUUCACCAAGCUCAUCAAUGCCGAGUACGCCUGCUACAAGGCUGAGAAGUUUGCCAAGCUGGAGGAGCGCACCCGUUCAGCCCUGUUGGAGACUCUGUAUGAGGAGCUACACAUCAACAGCCAGUCCAUGAUGGGUCUGGGUGGGGAUGAAGAUAAGCUGGAGAACGGGGGCGGAGGAGGAGGAGGAGGAGGCUUCUUUGAGUCCUUCAAGCGGGUCAUCCGCAGCAGAAGCCAGUCUAUGGACGCCAUGGGCCUCAGUAACAAGAAGUCACACACAGUCUCCACUAGUCACAGUGGCAGCUUUACCCACAAUCCCGCAGAGAGCCCCAAAACCCCGGGGAUUUCGUUGAUAAUUCCUGGGAAAAGCCCAACCAGGAAAAAGUCUGGGCCCUUCAGCUCCCGUCGCAGCAGCGCCAUUGGCAUCGAGAACAUCCAGGAGGUCCAAGAGAGGAGCCGAGAGGUGUCACCCAGCACUCAGAGGACACACGAUAGCAGCCACUUGUCGCAGGAAAAUAAAUCAGACAACUCCUCCAAUCACAGUUCUCCAGAGUUUCCUGCUACUAAGAACAGUUUGGCGAUGUGUUGCAGGGCGCCGUCCAUCCCCGAGGCACAGGACCUUUCCCGCUCCUCCUCCAACGCCAGCAGCUUUGCUAGUGUUGUGGAGGAGCACGAGAACGAGCAAGAGGCCGAGGAGGAGUACGACACCGGACUGGAAAGUGUGUCUUGUGUUACGCCACUCAAGAGAGACUCAUUUGUGUACAGCUCCGGGUUGGAGGACAGUGGUUGCAGUACCAGCCAGGGAAGUUUUCCAGCUUCUCGUCUUCAGCAGCAACCGGACGGAGUGAAGACGUCAGAGCCAAAAGGGACAGACAGCAGGACCAAGAUAGAGCGCCCCCCGCAGGAGCACAAGUUCUCACCGAGCUGUUAGCCACACCCAAAUGAUCACUACGUCAACAUCCAUUUUCAGCAUUCCCAUAAGAGGCCUCCUGAGGCAAAAAUGAGCCAAAGGCGUGUGAUUUCCACCAGUGAUGUAGAAGGGGAGUAGAAUUACAAGCCCAAUCAAGAGACUGACAGACUGUCCCUCCUGUGUUUGGCAUGGAUCUGCCACUGUCAUGACAGACACCCAGCUUCACUGACAUGUUCCUACCUGUCGCCCUCAAUCCAGCUCCACACGGGAUCCUUCUUAUAUGCUCGAGGCAAAGGAAAAGAGACCUCCACACCCGUGCACCAAGCAUCUGCUACUGACUGUCGUCUGUCAGCUGGCUUAGCAGAAUAAGUCUGCCUGCCUGCUCAUUCUCCGGGACAGUAUCCUCUUAAACCUGAUUCUUAAUGUAAACACUCAAAUGCCGUGUGUCCUCUUUUAAAGAUCAGGAGUUGCACAGGGGUUUAAUCUUGUGGCUGAAAAGGUGGUGAGAGAAACCGAGACAGUGGGUCUGUAGAGAGAAGAGUUACACUAGAGAGGAAAUGUUUUUUUUAAUGUCAACCUCACAUUCCACUGUGAUAUUGGGGGAUAUUAGGGGUUAACUUUGAUGUACCGAAUGUGUGUAUGUGGCUGUCUGUCAGGCCAUGGUUGUUGCUUUAUUGAUGAUCUAUUCUCCUCCUUCUGAGUAUUCUGCAGCAGAUAUUUUAUGACAGUUUCGAUAAAUUCAUCAUGUUUUUGAUGGAGGGUACUUCUAUGAUGCUGCUGUUGGUGGCUGCAUAGGCAGCAUUCAAUUUUUUCCUAGGUGGGUGAAGGAUUGAAAUACACCACCGAAAAUGUGUCUGCAAUUUUUGCAUUCAAAAUGUAGUUGUACCCCAGUAAAUCUGUAAAAAAACAAACAAAAAAAAAAAA